CCAGCUGAGACCACCAAUUUGAAGCCGACAUGAUGACCGCCGGCGGGCAGCGCACGUUAGUACCCGUUCAAUGUUUCUCAAGGAGCGCAGUCCUCCUCCGGGGAAAGGAGAGGAGAGCAGAGCAGGAAAUCCGAGGAUCGGAGGAGGAGAUUUGGGAAGCCAUGACAAUGGACAGAGAGAAGGAAAGAGAGUUGGAGUUGGAGAGUGCAAUGUACACUAACUGCUUGCUCUUAGGCUUGGAUCCGUCCGUAAUCGGUAUCGGAGUUGCCAAUGGUUCUCCUCGUGUCGGACUCUUCCGCCACUCCAACCCUAAAUUGGGCGAGCAGCUCCUCUACUUCAUCCUAUCCUCUCUUCGCGGCCCUGCUCAAUCCGCCAGAGAUUUUGAUAGGGUUUGGCCGAUUUUCGACUCUGCGCAAUCUCGUGAUUUUCGAAAGGUUGUGCAAGGGAUUAUCAGCGAGCUUGAAGCUCAAGGGGCUCUUCCAAGGAGUAAUUCAAGGGUUUCAUCGCUUGCUACGUGCUGUGGAACGAGAUUUGUUGAACUUUUGUGGCAACUUUCUUUGCAUGCAUUGAGAGAGGUUCACAGAAGAACUUUUGCAGCUGAUGUAGCUUCUAACCCACUGCCUGCACCUCUGACAGAUGUUGCUUUUUCACAUGCAGCUACAUUACUUCCUGUGACAAAGGCUAGAAUAGCACUUGAAAGGAGGAGGUUCCUGAAAAAUGCUGAAUUAGCAGUACAGAGACAGGCUUUGUGGUCAAAUUUGGCACAUGAAAUGACAGCAGAGUUUCGUGGUCUUUGUGCUGAAGAGGCUUAUUUGCAUCAAGAGUUGGAAAAAUUGCAUGACUUGAGGAACAAAGUCAAGUCAGAAGGGGAACUAUGGGAUGAUCUUGUAUCAACUUCGAGUCAAAAUUCUCAUUUAGUUUCAAAGGCAACUAACUUGUGGGAGUCUAUACUAGCUCGUAAAAGUCAGCAUGAAGUUCUUGCUUCAGGCCCUAUAGAGGACUUGAUUGCUCAUAGGGAGCAUAGGUACCGCAUUUCUGGAUCAUCUUUGCUUGCAGCAAUGGAUCAGAGUUCUCAGGUCCCUCACACAGAUGUCUUAUCUGUCCAGUCUGGUGAUUUGGAUGGCAAAGAACAGAAUGAUGGAUACCACACACAAGUGAAUGAAGAAACACUUUCUCAGGUGGAUGACAGAAGUGGGAAAGCCCACCAGACAGUCGAUGUGGCUGAAAUUAUUAGGCGUUGGACACAUGCAUUGCAGCGUAUACAUAAACAAUCAAUGCAGCUGGCAAAAGCUAAUGAUGGAGAGGGUCCAGAUAUUCUGCGAAGUUCACAAGAUGGUGGUCCUAGUGGCCAUGCUGAGUCCUUAGCUGCAACUCUUGCUGAACAUCAGCAACACCUUGCUAGCUUUCAGGUGCUCAUUAACCAACUGAAGGAAGUUGCUCCAGCAAUACAGAAUUCAAUAUCAGAAUGUACAGAAAAAGUAAAUAGCAUUUCUGCCAACAUGCCUUCUGUGACCAGACAUAGAGGUCAAGCGACAUCGACUCUUCAAUCUCAGAGCAGUGGAAGGACUCUGGAACGUAGCACAGGUGAUGUUUCUGAUGUAACUUCAAAAAUGUCUACCAUUCAGCUUGACAAGGUGUCAGCUGGUUCUCCAGCUUUGAAGCUCCCACAAUUAUUUAGUUUGACCCCAAACUCUACGGGGAAAGGGGGAAAUGUGCAAAAGCGAAGCAGUUCAGCUUCUCAGACCACCCAAAUGGAAAAUUUGUCUGAAAGGAGUUCUGUGGACCAAUCUUUGUCAAAUAAAUGCCUCAGUAACCUUCCCCAAGAUAGUGAUAAUUCUUAUGUUUUGAACUUAAAGAGAUCUGUACGGGAAGCUGCUCUGUCAGUGCUAUCCUCUAAUUCAGAAUCAUCCCAAGACAGUCACUCUGAUGGAAGUUCUGAACACUAUUUUGUGCCUAUUUCAUCAGCUAAUUUUUCUCAGGUGCGUCCAGAAAAUAAAGGCACCUCCAUAAGGAGUAAGAAACUGUUUUCAUCUCAAACAGACAAUUCCUUGCUUGACAACCACCCUCAUGAUGAUCAUACAAGGGGCAAGUAUGAUGACUUGCCAGAGAUCUUGAGUAAUUUGGAUUCACUGCAUGAUUAUGAUCAAGUAAAUGGAUUUUUAUCAGCAGCUAAUUCAAAUCACGCAGCAUCUUCUGAUGCUGAAAGGCCCUUUUUUGACGUGGAAGAUUCUCAUGAUCAAGUGUUCUCCCCUCCUUUGUUAAUGGACACAUCCCUGUUAACUGAUUCUUAUGAGGAUUUGCUUGCUCCACUUUCAGAAACUGAGACUGCCUUGAUGGAGCAUUGAAACUAAAGUUAGACGAUGAUACUCCGAUGGUUUUGUUUUUGGUCCUUGGUUGAGAUGGACGGUACUAUCCCACUGAUUUGCUGUAUUACAUGAUGCUUGUAUGUAGUUCGUCCCUUUCUGAACGUCCUACUCUUCCAUCAAGCACAAUUGACAUCUCUGAGCCAAUUGGCCCUGUUUUCAUGCAGCCAGAGACUGUAAUAAUCUGUCAUACAGCGAGUUGGUUCUGACAAUUGGGGAGCCAAAACUAACAACCUGACACCAUUUCCUUGGUAUAAAGAGGACACAUUUAAUGCUUGGGAGUGUGAGACACUGGAUUCUUGGACGUGCAAUUCUCUGUUUGUCAAUGUUAGGUACGAAUACCAUAAAACCUUGUAUCAUCUUGUUUAACUCACGAGAUUGGGUAUGGUAGCUGGGGCAGAUAUAUUGUAACAGUAUCAGCUGUGAUGUCUUUCUAUCAGCUGGCAUUUUGAUUGUGUAUUCCACUGAUAGAACAUCAACAAGAAACAAUCACUUUAAUG